AUGAUUGAGCAGGCAUGCAAAGAGAUGGAAUCGGGCGAAAAAAUACGCAUCCUACGGACUAGCAACCUUUGGGAAAGCAAAGCCAUGUAUGUUGUGGAUCAGGAAAAUUUCGUCAACGGUGCCUGCGAGAUAGAGACUUCACUUUCACCUAUCGAGUUGCUAGAUGAACUGCAAGCUGUUGAGAAUAGAAUGGGCCGUGUCAAGGACAUUGACAAGGGUCCUCGGAACAUCGAUUUAGACAUCUUGUUAUACGGCGAAACUGAAUUCUCCGACGAAAGGCUUCAGAUUCCCCAUGCCCUAAUGUUCGAGAGGGAAUUUGUCUUGCGGCCGUUGGGCGAGCUCAUACCAGAAGACAACCAGGUCAAUUUUCCAUAUCAGGAAUCCAUUCAGCAGCAUCUAGCGAAGUUGCCAAAGUCCGAAGUGCCACUGGUCCCAAUAGUGCCGCUCGCAUCAGAUUUUUCUCCAAUAUCGUCCGCCAAAACUGAGCAAAAAACGCGCAUAAUGUCCAUUCUCAACAUCACACCAGACUCUUUCUCCGACGGUGGUGUGAACUACAGGAAGGACGAAAAAAUAUUGGCCAAGGAAAUCAAAUCACAAAUUAACAGCGGAGCAACCAUCCUCGAUGUAGGCGGCCAAUCCACCCGACCCGGCGCAGUUCAAGUCUCUACAGAAGAAGAACUAUCACGAGUCCUCCCCGCCAUAAACCUCAUCCGCUCAAUCCCAGAAGCCAAAGACGUAGCCAUCAGCAUCGACACAUACCGUGCCCGCGUCGCUGAGGAAGCCAUCAAAGCUGGCGCCAACAUGAUCAACGACGUCAGCGCAGGCACAAUGGACGCAGAAAUGCUGACUGCAAUGGGUAAGCUGGGCUGCACCGUCUGUCUAAUGCACAUGCGCGGAACACCAGAAACCAUGAGCUCUCGCGAGAUGACGAGCUACCCCGACGGCGUUGUCGAGACCGUUGGCCGCGAAUUGCUGCAACGCGUUCGGGCAGCCGAAGAAGCAGGUGUCAGACGAUGGCGCAUGAUCCUCGAUCCAGGCAUUGGAUUCGCAAAGACGCUAGAACAGAAUCUUGAAUUACUGCGUCAGCAGCAUCAACUCAGCAAGUAUCCUGGUUUGGAGGGUAUACCCUGGCUGGUGGGAACCAGCCGAAAGAAUUUUAUUGGACGUAUCACAGGUGUCGAGAAUGCUCGACAACGUGUGUGGGGUACGGCUGUGGCUGUCUCGGCGGCCAUACAAGGAGGUGUUGAGAUAGUAAGAGUACACGAUGUGAAGGAGAUGGCACAGGUUGCUAAGAUGGCGGAUGCGUUGUGGAGGAAAGGAGAUUCUCCAUCCAACCAGUCUGUUUUGUAA